AUGGCCUGUGAAGAAAACCUUGUGGAUCUGGAAUAUGCAGACGAGAUCAUUCUCGUCUUCGAAGAAGAGAAGGCGCAGCCGACGAAAGGGUCUUCCGUUCAUUCUGCGCCAUCGAAACGUUUUGGCUCAAUGUUGGUAAACAAUGGGAAGGCGCUGUAUGUAUUUGGCGGAGCUACUCAUAUGCGGACCACUUUUAAUGACCUGUGGGUUUUUGACCUGGCUUUUUUGCAAUGGAAACGUGUGUUGGGAGAUGCGACAACCGACCCUCCACCAGUCUGCGUCGGACAGUCGGGCUGUUUCUUACCGGGGGGCUCCGUUGACGAACCUAGUCUUUUAGUCCUUUUCGGCGGAAUUUCACUCUCCCAAGGCACAUGUAUCAACGACUUGUGCAUCUUCGCUCCAACACGUGGCCAGUGGCUCGCAGUCAGUGAAGCAGACCAAACUACUUCAGGCGUUGUAUUGUCGGCAUGGCCCCCAGGCCGAUGGGGUCACUCGGUGUGUGCUUUGGACGCUCACCGAAUGUUGGUGUUGUUCGGUAACUCAGAGUCACCAGCAUCUCCGUCUUUCGAACCUCCGAUUCGCCGACAAAGACUACCUUCGGCAGAGCGACAGCAGCAGGAAGAAUCGAUGAGGAGGUAUCGUGGCGAUCCAGUAGCUGAUUUAUGGAUAUUAACAAGAUGUGGUCUACAACCUGGCGAAGAUUGGUCCACGACAACCUGGUUUUGGACCAAAGUUAGCUGUUCUACAUCUGUUCCCAGUUGUCCGCCAAUCGACUUCGAGCACGCGACCAUCCUCAACUUGCCUUACAGGGAUUCUGACGCGGACGACACCUAUCCCACUUUUGAGGACCUCGCUCUGAAUGGAAUUCAAGCCCAAGUUCGGGAGGACGAUGCAUCUGCCACCACCAAGGUCAUUAGUUUUACGGUGGUGUGUGUCAGUCAACCAACUGAGCAGCUGUUAGAAGAAGCAGCUAGACAACGUCGAAGUUGGCAAAGACAGAAAGCAUGCACCAGUCUUUUCUCACGACCCUGCCCCCCACGUUCACCAUCUGGAUUGUCACCCGUUUGCGAUAAUCUUAGUCCCGACCCAAGUACCACUCAAGGUUGUGAUCGUCGUGGCGACCCUUUCUAUUCUUCCUCUUCAGGAUCUUCCCCAAAUUCAGAACCACCCGUUCCUCAGGCGGAUUGUUCGUCGACCGCGACAAAAACCUACCGGACAAUCGUCAAAACUGAGUCGUCCAGCUGCUUUGGUUAUUUGGCGGCACCUGACCUCGUGCUCCCUUCGAGUAGCACGGUACCUGACCGCGUGAUCCCCACUGCGCCGCUGCAGAGACGUCGCAAGAUAUGGCUGCGAACCGAUGGCGAUCUUGUUGUCAAUUUCUAUCCGGAUUGCCUGAUGAACCAGAAAGUGCAAAAGCCAGGCCCUCGCCGUUCUGCCGACAAGCGAGCCAAACAGUUGGAGGCGUUGGCCAUUCAGGAACGUCGUCUAUUUGGCUCUCGAACAAAGCCUUCCGCUGAUGCUCAGACGGUAACCAAUGGCCCAGAUAGCACGAGCUCACUCACCACAAACGAACAAAUGUUCCCUUCUAACCCGAUCGCACUGUAUAGUUUGGAACUUCGUGUUUGUCAAAGACAAGACUCAUCUGUGCCCACUACAGGUGCACCGCAUCAGGUUUUCGCUUCCGGCCGUUGGCUGUCAACGCAACAGCCGAACUAUGUGGACUUGCUCUUUGGCCCGCAAGAAUGUCGUGGCUACUCUUGUACAUUUGCCCAUGGCUGUGUAUUCCUCUUCGGUGGUCUUUGUUCUUCAGACGAGCUGUACACAACGAACGAGGCUUCCGCACACCAACAACAGCAACAGUUGGCAAAUAUUGGCUAUCCACUUGAGGUUCCGAACAGGCUUGUUGAAUCUAACGAGUCAUCUCGCUCCUUGUACGGACAGCCUGGCGGAUCGCCCGUUCAGCCUACUCGGAUAUCACAGUUUUUCAUCCUACAACCACGUUCUCUGGUAGGAACGAUAAUCUGACUUGCCUUGUUUCGAAUUCUUCCGCAGUAACAACACCGGCUUCUUUUGCUCUCGCAAUUAUUAUCCCGUACAACUCAUCCGUUUUCUUCCUCUUCACGGUUGUGUGAAGAAUGGUUUGUCCCAAAAACUCUGCUUGUUCAGGGGUUCGUAAACGUAGUGUAAAUAAACGCA